GACAAACAUUUCAACUAAUUCCAAUUAUAUCAACAAUACAUUAGAAAUUAAUACUCAAAUCACUUCUGUAACACAACCAUGGGUUCCGAGGACGAUGAUAAAGAUCAAUUUGGAGAUAACCAGAAGAUCAUUUUCGCGGCGAUCUUUUCUUUAUUCGCGGUGGUGAUAUUGGUUGUUCUUCUCCAUCUCUACUCUAGAUAUCUCUUUCGCCGCCAACAAAGGAGGAGACGUGCUGCUCUUCAUCGUCAAAGCAGGCAGAUUGCACCUGCAGAUAUGGAGUCUAAUUAUACUAUCGAACCACCUAAGGUAGGACUUGACCCUUUAGUCAUAGCCUCGUUUCCACCAGUUGCAUAUAAGCCGACCAACCAACAAGAGCUUGAUCAUGGUGAACCCAUGGAGUGCUCGGUUUGUUUGGGAACCAUAGUGGAAGAUGCCAUGGUUAGGGUUUUACCAAACUGUAAGCACAUGUUUCAUGUAGAGUGUAUUGAUAUGUGGCUCGGAUCCAACACUACUUGUCCAAUAUGUCGCACUGUGGCUGAGCCAAGGGUCCCGCCAGAGGGAAGUGAGGUUCAAGUCCAAGUCCAGGUCCAACCCUCAGCUCCGCCCUUGGCUAGUGGGUCAGGAUCUCUGUUUGGCUCUUUUCGAUGGAUGGUUAGCAGGGACAGGUCGUCAAGGGCUCGAAGUUGUGGAGAUGAAGUUAGUGUGGAGGAUUCGGGAAGACAGUGAACCAUGUCUAUAUACAUGGGAUUAUUGGUAAAUAUCUUCUUUUUUUGUAAGAAUGAUUCUUGAUUGUAGCUUUCUUGCACUGUUAUUUCUGGUUCUGUAUUUGAGUAUUUCUUACAAAUAAUGCUGCGGCAUCCUUUUUCUUUCUUUUUUCUUUUUUUUUUUUUAAAAAUAAUUAUAUUCUCAUUUUGCUUUAAAUUGUCAGCGUCGUAUGGGAACUUUUCUGUAUAUGGCGGCUACCAGUUCCAUUAAAAUCGUCAAAU